GCUCUUGUCGCCCAAGCUAGAGUGCAAUGGCGCAAUCUCAGCUCACUGCAACCUCUGCCUCCUGAGUUCAAGGGAUUCUCCUGCCUCAGACUCUGUAGUAGCUGGGAUUAUAGGCACCCACCACCUUGCCUGGCUAAUUUUUGUAUUUUUUUUUUAGUAGAGACGGGGUUUCACCAUGUUGGCCAGGCUGGUCUUGAACUCCUGACCUUAGGUGAUCUGCUUGCCUUGGCCUCCCAAAGUGCUAGCAUUAUAGGUGUGAGCCACUGUGCCUGGUCGUAAAGUAGUAUAGAUUAUUGUGUUUUAAAUUUUUCAUAUGUAAAGAAAGGUACCUUGAUGGUUCUGAGCAUGGGAUAUGACUGUUUUAGUAAAUGUUGAGAUAAUUGGUCUCCUUUAAAGGGGGGCUUCAUAUGGUUUGGGCCCCUUUAGGAUUUUCUACAAGAGCCAUCUGUAGAUAUGUAAAAUAAAAUUAAUAUUUCUAUUUAGCCUAUGUUUUUUUAAAAAACAGAAUGCAUAUCUGUGAGUAUAUCCUGCACUUCCUCUAUGCCAGUAUUUUUUAAAACAUCUUCUUGACAGGGAGUCUUUUAAAAAAAUAGAAAAUGUAGUUACCAAAGUACUGACUUUCCUAGAUAUUGGGAGAUAGAGGGAAGUUUCUCCCUCCCUGAUUAUAUAAAAAGUGUGUAGUCAGAGUUGACUUACUGGUUUAUCGUUUGGCCACGUGGCUUCAGAAACAAUAGAGCCAGCAUGGGUUAGAAUUUUCAUUCUCACCCUUGAACCCCGGCCCUGUGAUUAUGAACUGUGAGGUCUUGGCAGGUUAUCUGUCUUUCCUACAGUCCCCUCAUUUAUAAAACAGUGUUGAUAAUAGUUGAUGGUAGUGUUUAGCUGGCAGGACAAAAUGAGGUAACAUAAAUAAAACACCUUGUACAGGGCCUGCUCCCUGUUAUGUACUGAAUCAGUGUUAGCUGCUGCAGGUGGCAGUACUAAAGCAAAGCAAGACAGAAGUCUCCAGGCCUUAACGAGAUAGUUAUUCACUAGCUGAUUCUGACCAAGAGAAUUGUGAAGAGUUCUGUUCUGUGGUUGCCAUUUUAAGUUUGUCCAAUCCGCAGCCCAGUGAUUUAUACUUUUUGACAUCUGUCAGAGCCAUGAAGAAUGUUUGUUUAGGAGUCACUGCUUAAGAAAAUGCCUCUGUCGUUUUUGAGAAAUAUACCACUGUCUUCUUGUCAGUAAGAUCCUGCCGUGUGUGGUGCCAGGACAGAAGUGGCCUCAUGGGAUAUGACUCAAGAGAUAGUCUUUUUUUUUUUUUUUUUUUUAAAGACAGUCUUGCUCUGUCACCUAGGCUGGGGUGCAGUGAUGCAAUCUUGGCUCACUGCAACCUCCGUCUUCUGGGUUCAAGCAGUUCUGGUGCCCCAGUCUCCCAAAAAGCUGGGACUACAGGCGUGCGCCACCAUGCCCAGGUAAUUGUAUUUUUAGUAGAGGCAGGGUUUUGCCAUGUUGCCCAGGCUGAUCUUGGAACUCCUGAGCUCAAGCAAUCUGCUCGCCUUGGCCUCCCAAAGUGCUGAGAUUACAGCAUGAGCCACCCCAUCUGGCCGAUAGUCUCUUUGUCAUGAUUUUAAAAAUCAUCUUGUUGGCCGAGACCACGUCCGCCCCUUGAGCACAGACCCUGGCCCUCGCUGCUCUGCUGCCUGUCCACACCCGCUACCAGCUCACCAUAGAUGAUGAUACUGCUACGCCUGUCGUCGACAACGGCUCCGGCAUGUGGAAGGCUGGCUUCGCAGGUGACGAUGACCCCCGGGCCGUCUUCCCCUUCAUCGUGUGGCACCCCAAGCAUCAGGGCAUGAUGGUGGGCAUGGGUCAGAAGGACUCCCAUGUGGGUGAUGAGGCCUAGAGCAAGAGAGGCAUCCUGACCCUGAAGUGCCCCAUCGAGCAUGGCAUCGUUACCAGCUGGGACAACAUGGAGAAGAUCUGGCACCACACCUUCUACAGGGAGCUGCGUGUCAUUCCCGAGGAGCAUCCCAUGCUGCUGACCGAGGCCCCCCUGAACCCCAAGGCCAGCCGCGAGAAGAUGACCCAGAUCAUGUUUGAGACCUUCAGCACCCCAGCCAUGUACAUGGCCAUCCAGCCCGUGCUGUCCCUGUACUUCUCUGGCUGUACCACUGGUAUCGUGAUGGAUUCCGGUGACGGGGUCACCCACAGUGUGCCUAUCUACGAGGGAUAUGCCCUCCCCCACACCAUCCUGCGUCUGGACCUGGCUGGCCGGGACCUGACUGACUACCUCAUGAAGAUCCUUACCGAGCGCGGCUACAGCUUCACCACCACGGCUGAGUGGGAUAUCGUGCGUGACAUCAAGGAGAAGCUGUGCUAUGUUGCUCUGGCCUUCGAGCAGGAGAUGGCCAUGGCGGCUUCCAGCUCCUACCUGGAGAAGAGCUGUGAGCUGCCUGAUGGCCAGGUCAUCACUAUCGGCAACGAGCAGUUCUGCUGCCCUGAGGCACUCUUCCAGCUUUCCUUCCUGGGCAUGGAAUCCUAUGGCAUCCAUGAAACUACCUUGAACUCCAUUAUGAAGUGUGAUGUGGACAUCCACAAAGACCUUUACGCCAACACGUUGCUGUCUGGCGAUACCACCAUGUACCCUAGCGUUGCCAACAGGAUGCAGAAGGAGAUCACCGCCCUGGCGCCCAGCACGAUGAAGAUCAAGAUCAUUGCUCCUCCUGAGCUCAAGCACUCUGUGUGGAUUGGCGGCUCCAUCCUGGCCUUGCUGUCCACCUUCCAGCAGAUGUGGAUCAGCAAGCAGGAGUAUGAUGAGUCCGGCUCCAUCAUCCGUCCUUCAAAUGCUUCUAGGUGGACUGUGACUUAGUUGUGUUACACCCUUUCUUGACAAAACCUGACUUGUGCAGAAAACAAGAUGAGAUUGGCAUGGCUUUAUUUUUUGUUUUGUUUUGUUUUUGUUUUUGUUUUUGUUUUGGCUUGACUCAGGAUUUAAAAACUGGAACGGUGAAGGUGACAGCAGUCGGUUGGAGUGAACAUCCCCCAAAUUUCUGCAAUGUGGCUGAGGACUCUAUUUCUUGUUUGUACUUUGUUCUUUUUUUUAAUAGUCAUUCCAAAUGACUAUUAAAUGCAUUGUUACAGGAAUGCAUUGUUACAGGAGAUGCAUUGUUACAGGAAGUUGUUUGCCCUCCUAAAAGCCACCCGACUUGUGUCUAAGGAGAAUGGCCUAGUCCUCCUCCGAGUCCACAUAGGGGAGGUUUCUUGUAAAUUAGGUAAUGCAAAUUUUUUUAAAUUUUUGCCUUAAUACUUUUUAAGUUUGUUUUAUUUUGAAUGAUCAGCCUUCGCGGCCCCCCUCUUUUGUCCCCCAGCUUGAGAUGUAUGAAGGCUUUUGGUCUCCCUGGGAGUGGGUACAGGCAGCCAGGGCUUACCUGUACACUGACUUGAGACCAGUUGAAUAAAAGUGCACAACUUAAAAAAAAAAAUCACUGGGUGCGGUGGCUCACUCCUGUAAUCCCAGCACUUUGGGAGGCUGAGGCGGGCGGAUCACCUGAGGUCAGGAGUUCGAGACCAGCCUGGCCAACACGGUGAAAGCUCAUCUCUACAAAAAAAUGGGAGGCGGAGGUUGCGGUGUGCCAAGAUCGUGCCAUUGCACUCCAGCCUGAGGGACAGAGCAAGACUCUGUCUCAAAAAUAUAAAUAAAUCAGCUUGUUGAAAUCUUAAUAUUUGAUUAUAUAUGUACAAUAUAGUUAAGUUUUAAAGCAUAAUGAUUUUGAAUAUUCCAAACUCACCAUGCAGUCAACAACUACAACAUUAACAGCACUGCUCAGGGACCAACCACUCUUUUGUAGUCCUUUCCUGCUAUGCCACCCCCAUCACUCUGGGGUGGCCUGAAUUUUGUGUUUGAUGUCUUGCCUUGUAAAAAAUAGUUUUCUCAUGCAUGCACAUAUUUUAACACAAUAUGUUUAGUUUGGCUUAUUUUUGACCUUAUUAAAAAUAGUAUCACUUUAUGUAGUUUUCUGGGUCUUUGAUAUUUUUCACCCAACAGU